AUGUCUACGUCGCAAACUCCUUUAGCACACCAUCAACACAUCACGCCGCCUUCGAGUCUCGCAGACCCGCCUUUGACGCCUCCGCCGACCGACGAGAAGCCCUUUCCGCAGGCCCACCGAGUUAUCGCACUUUUCAAAGACAUCCGAGCCGGAAAGCACAUCAAGCAACACCCGUGGAUAGAAUUUCAGCUUGCACGAGGAGAGUACGAUGAGAUAGAGCGUCAGCUUCGCCGAGACGAGCCGCUGUCGGGAUAUUUAAAAGACAAGAUACGAUAUGAUUACAGCGGAGAAAGCGAUCGGCUUGUCGUUCGCAUGCCGACCGGAGUACAUGAACUCUUCAUUGACGGAGUUGAGGACGCAAUCCGUAGCCAGCUGAAAGCCAUUCGCAGCGGGUCAGACAGGGCGGCCCGCUUCGCGCAGAAGGUUCGCGCAGCCCGUUCUACUGAGAUCUACUUUCCCGGGGAUGGGUCUCCGACUAACACAAAUUCAAGACAUGAGCCGGAUGCUUCUUUCUGGCAUAAAGAGGCACGAUACCCUGGGGUUAUUAUCGAAGUCGCAUAUUCGCAGAAGAGGAAGAGGUUGGGCCGGCUAGCUGAAGAUUAUCUUCUCGAUUCUAAUUCUAGCGUGCAAGUUGUUGUUGGCCUGAACAUCGAAUAUGGCAAUAAGGAUUCACGGAAGGCAACGUUGUCAGUGUGGCGAACUCAUGUAGUCAGUACUAUUGACGGGAACGAGUUAAGAGUUGUUCAAGAAGUAGCGGAUAAUGCGUUCCGCGACGAUCACGGAACCCCUACUGCUCAUCCAGGCCUACGGCUUCAGCUGAGAGACUUUGCUUAUGAAGAACUUGCACACAACGAGAUUGGAGAUGAAGAUCGAGAACUGGUUGUCUCUACUCGACAACUCUGCGAAUACCUUGGUGCGGCGGAGACUAUGGUAGAACCCUUGGAAUCACUUGGCGAGCAUUCAAUUGCUCCUGGACUCAAAAAGCGUAAAAAAUCGGAGACGCCUCCAGACCAAAUCACUUCUAGUGAUGAAGCGAGGUAUGCUAAGCAAGAGGAGAGAGCAGCGAAGCGCAUAGCGGACAACGAUCCCGAUUAUAAUUAA